AUGGACUAUUGCCAGGCCGCCAUCAACGACAACCUUUUCUGGAGCAGCGUUAUAGGAGCUGCGGGAUCCUUCCUCCACUUCGCCCUGGGGCCAUUCCUGGGAGCUCUAAGUGACUCCAUCGGCCGAAGGCCGGUGAUCGUGCUCUGCAGCUUGCUGGGUUACCCGAGCCUGCUGGCACUCAUGCUCUUUGUGUACAGAAAUACCAGCUUGUACUACACCUUUGCCCUUCUGCCUUUGGCAGAACUCCCCGUGCUCGCAAUUUGGUUCGCUUUCAUCGUGGAUUUGAUGGAGGAGAGAUCUGCAGAGGUUGAGUAG